UGUUUUUGUGCUGUUCCGCGAUUCGUCGAUCGUCAUCCAGUUCAGUAAAUACAUGCCCGCUGCGUGGCUGAGAACUAAGAAGACCUCUCCAUAUGGCCAUGAUGUAGAAUGUGUUUUGCUCACAAAUGCCUGUACUUUCUGGUUUGCUCCGAGACAGAAGUCUUGGAAGAAUUUCCCCUUGGCAGCUGUCCAGUAACGUGGUAACGAAGCGCUUACUGAAUUUGGACAUUAAUUCUGACUACGAAAUCCAACCCUUCUUCACUAAAUCUGUGAAGUCCCUGGAUAUUGAGAAGCAUGAUGGAAAAUACAUGCUUGCUGGUGGAGGUGAUGGGUCGGUGGCCCUGUAUGACUUGGAGCAGUCAUCAAUGGGAAGUUCCGGCAACAUGAAAGUAUGCAAUGUCAUCAACAGCACAACAGCUAAAUCAACAAGCGAUGCACACAAGUACAGCGUGGAGGCAGUCACCUGGUUCCCGCAUGAUACUGGCAUGUUUAUGACCAGCAGCAUGGAUCACACGCUCAAGAUCUGGGACACAAAUGCAUGGCUGGUGGCUGAGCAGUUUCAGUUUGAGGAGCCAUUGUACUGCCAUGCCGUGUCGUCCUGCACUGCCCACAGUCUUAUUGCCGUUGCCAGGAAAGAACAUAGUAUCAAGUUGUGCAACUUGGAGACGGGUUCGACAUCGCAGAUUCUCCGUGGUCACAACGACCGUGUGCUAAGUGUAGCCUGGUCUCCCAGCAAUGACUAUCACCUGGUGUCUGGAGGAGCAGAUAACAAAAUCUUGAUGUGGGAUGUGCGCCGUGCCAAGAGCUUGCUGUUUGCGUGUGAUCAGCACAAUGGACGUCAGCAGCUGACAUUUGAUGGCAAGCUUGGUCACAUGGGUGCAGUCACCAGUGUUGCAUUCACUCCCGACGGCCAUCAUGUCGUUAGUCUGGGCAAUGACAAGCAACUGCGCGUUUGGGAUGCAAGCACCGGAACCAAUACUCUGGUAAACUUUGGUCGUAUGCAGGCGUCUAGCCGGAGAAGCAUUCAAAUGGCCAUCUCCAAGGACAGUCGCCGCCGGUUGAUCUUUGUUCCCAAUGCCAUGAACGUCGACUGCUUUGAUCUGUCGUCGGGCGCCAAGCUGCGCACACUGCAUGGUCAUUUCGGCAACUGUGAUGCUUGCGUGCUACGGCCAGGAAAGCAGGAGUUGUUCAGCGGAGCCAUGGAUUCACGCAUACUCUGGUGGAGCGCCCGCAAAGCACACUCGCCUGUAGCAGUGGAGGAGGUCAGGCAUCGCGCAGAGGUUGCACCACGUCAGGUUGAAGUUCCGCAAGCCUUGCAAGAUGCGUGGAGUAGUGAUGAGGAUUAAGUCAUUUUUAAAAGGCGUUCGCUAGCCUCUUAGCAAAACUAUGGAUGCGAUCACUCAGCUUGUGUUGUGAUGCUGAAGAUAGAUGUGAAUUGCUGCUGGGGGCUUCCACUCAGCUCAGGAUCCUUUUUCCGUGUUUUGCACCGUCGCACACAUACGGUGAUCUUACUCUUCGGACCCGGGGAGCGCCACAGAUGAAUGGCUCUCCGCAUGUCACGACCGGAUGGGCAGGGUCACUGGUGGCAAGGACUAGUGUGGACUGUGUGUCUGACCUACUUUCUGAAGUACUGGUACUGUGCCAAAGAAUCAAUGCUGAAGCUUUUGUUUUACCCCAGGAAUGCUGAUGUGCCCACUGAUUUAUUACUACUUCAAAGUACUUUUUUAGUUUCCCUGAAAUUUAACUAUGACCUCUCUGGGAGAUCUGUUUUUCUCAUGGCAAUCAAUACACGUAGUAACAAGAGUACUUCAUAAUGUUAUGUACUCUUGGUAGCAAUUAUCCUUCUUCAUUUUACAAUUUACAUCCACCUUGUAGUCGUCCCAAGCUCUUAGUUAGGGCAUGUUCCUUAUCAACUUCUGCAUUAGCCAGAAGUCCUGCUC